CCCACUCCCUCUUAGAAGGGUUUUUGAGCGUCGUGGCCACUGCAUCCUUCACUCCCACAACACCAUUUUCUGUCUUAAAGGCGGCGACACUUUCAUUCCAUGUCUCCACUCUCUUCAUCUAUGAAUUUUGAACACUUUUUUUCACUCUUGUUCUUCUUCUCGUUCCUAUUCCAUUUAGUUUGAUGUUCUCCCUCGCCAAGGGACUCGAUUCUCUUCCCAACCCUCUCAUUCCGCCAUUUCCUCGAACAUGUGGCGGCACGCCGCCAAACACGCCUGCCGCGGUAGUAUUCGCCAGAGCUUCCACCCUUCCAGGCUCCUCUCUCUCUCCCACGGCUCCAUUUUCUCCCCCAAAAGGGAGGCUUUCUUGUACAGCGUGGCAAGACUAAACUGUAUUGGUCGUGGCGAUUUUCAGUUUCAGUUUGGUGCCAAAGGGUAUUCCGGUGUUGCCGAGGCGGCUUCUUCCACUGAUGUGGAGGAAGAUGGUGUUUUUGUUGAUGAAAUUCAGCAACUUUUAUUGCAGGAGAUGAAUGAUGAGGUGGAGAGUCAAUUGGUGGAGGAAGAGGGUGCCCCAAUUGAUGAAAUUCAGCAACUGUUAUUGCAUGAGAUGCAUAAAGAAGAGAGGAAUGAAUUGGUGGAGGAACAGGCUGCCCCAGGUGACGGAAUUCGAGGACUGUUUCAGGGGAUGAAGAAAGAGAAGCAGAAGAAGGUGGUUGGAUAUAAUAGGUGGCAGAAUGAGGGGAAGGGUGUGGGGCAGUGUAGGUACCAGGAGCUGAGAAGGAGGCAGGUUAAGAUUGAGACUGAGACGUGGGAAGAGGCGGCAAAGGAGUAUAGGGAGCUUUUGAUGGACAUGUGUGAGCAUAAGCUGGCACCCAAUUUGCCGUACAUGAAGUCGCUCUUUCUCGGCUGGUUUGAGCCUCUGAGGGAUGCCAUUGUCAAGGAACAGGAGAUGUAUGGUGAAGGGAAGAAUAGGACGGCCUAUGCGCCAUACUUUGUUCAGUUGCCGGCAGAUAAGAUGGCUGUUAUCGCAAUGCAUAAGUUGAUGGGGCUGUUGAUGACAGGAACAGAACAUGCCACCGUUGGCACUGCCAGGGUUGUGCAGGCUGCGUGUGGCAUAGGUGAUGCCAUUGAAAAUGAGGUUAGAAUACACAAGUUCUUGGAGAAAACUAAGAAGAAAAAGGGUGAUAGAAGCAAGAAAAAUAAAGCAAGUGAGUCUGUCGCUGACAUCAAAGAGGAACAAAAGCUGCGGAAAAAAGUCAUUGAUUUGAUGAAAAAGCAAAAGCUAGUUGCAGUGAGGGGGCUAGUGAAGGGCAAGGAUGAUACAAAACCGUGGGGAGCAGCCAUAAAGACAAAGGUAGGAAGCCGUUUAAUUGAGCUCUUAAUGCAAACAGCAUAUAUACAACCACCACCAGAUCAAUUACUGGAUGCUGCACCUGAUAUCCGGCCUGCAUUUGUUCAUUCAUUUAGAACAGUGGCAAAAGUGUCAGCUAAAGCAAGCAAAAGAUAUGGUAUUGUUCAAUGUGAUCCUCUAAUUCUUAAAGGACUUGAAAGAACCGCCAAAAAUAUGGUCAUUCCUUAUAUGCCUAUGUUGGUUCCACCAGUCAACUGGUCAGGUUAUGACAAAGGUGGGCACUUGUUCUUACCCUCUUAUGUCAUGCGUACUCAUGGAGCCAGGCAACAACGUGAAGCUGUUAAGAGGGCCCCUAGGAAGCAAUUAGAGCCUGUGUUUGAGGCUCUGGAUACUCUUGGGCAUACGAAAUGGAGGGUAAAUAAGAAGGUACUGAGUGUUGUAGACAGGAUAUGGGCUAGUGGAGGCCGUAUUGCUGAUUUGGUGGACCGCGAUGAUGUUCCUUUACCUGACAAGCCAGUUACCGAUGAUGAAGAGAAGAUAAAGAAAUGGAAGUGGAAAUGCAAAUCUCUGCAGAAAGAGAACAGAGAGAGAUAUUCACAACGUUGUGACAUAGAACUUAAACUUGCUGUUGCACGAAAAAUGAAGGAUGAAGAGGGUUUUUACUACCCACACAACCUUGAUUUCCGAGGGCGUGCAUAUCCCAUGCACCCACACUUAAAUCACCUUGGUUCAGAUUUAUGCCGAGGUAUAUUGGAAUUUGCAGAGGGACGCUUUCUUGGAAAGUCUGGCCUACAGUGGCUGAAGAUACACUUGGCAAAUCUAUAUGCUGGUGGUGUUGAUAAACUAUCACACGAAGGUCGCUUGGUGUUCACUGAAAAUCAUUUUGAAGACAUAUUUGAUUCUGCAGAUAAACCUCUCCAAGGGAGGCGAUGGUGGUUGAAAGCAGAAGAUCCAUUGCAGUGCUUAGCUGUGUGCAUAACUCUAACCGAAGCUUUAAGAAGUUCUUCACCAGAAACAUUCAUCUCACAUAUUCCAGUACAUCAGGAUGGCUCCUGUAAUGGCUUGCAACAUUAUGCUGCCUUGGGGAGAGACAAGUUAGGGGCUGCUGCUGUCAAUCUAGUUGCAGGAGAGAAGCCAGCAGAUGUUUACUCAGGAAUAGCAGCUAGCCCUUUUCUUAAGAUGCAAAUCCUCCCUUGUGAGAGGGAUGAUCUCAAAAUAAACAGCUCAGUUAUAGAAAAAUCAUUUCUAUGCAGAGUAUCAAACAUCAUGCAAAGGGAUGCUCAGAAAGAUCCUGCAAUUUUUCCUGAUGCUCUUCAUGCAAGGACUUUAGUUAAUCAGGUGGAUAGAAAAUUAGUUAAGCAGACAGUGAUGACAUCUGUGUAUGGUGUCACAUAUAUUGGUGCAAGGGAGCAGAUAAAAAGGAGAUUGAAAGAAAGGAAUGCCAUUUCAGAUGAUACAGAGCUCUUUGGUGCUUCUUGUUAUGCUGCAAAGGUCACCUUAACUGCCUUAGAGGAGAUGUUUCAAGGUGCACGAGGUAUCAUGAACUGGCUUGGUGACUGUGCAAAAGUAAUUGCUUCUGAAAAUCAACCAGUGCGCUGGACCACUCCUCUUGGACUUCCUGUGGUGCAACCUUACCGUAAACUAGGAAAGCAUAUCAUCAAAACUUCACUUCAAAUGUUGACAUUGCAACGGGAAACAGAUAAGGUCAUGGUCACAAGGCAGAGGACAGCAUUUCCACCAAAUUUUGUUCAUUCACUUGAUGGGUCACAUAUGAUGAUGACUGCAGUUGCCUGCAAAAAGGAAGGUUUGAAUUUUGCAGGGGUUCAUGAUUCAUAUUGGACGCAUGCAUGCGAUGUGGAUAAAAUGAACAGAAUACUGAGAGAGAAGUUUGUAGAACUCUACGAGACCCCAGUGCUGGAAAAUUUACUGGAGAGCUUUCAGAGCUCUUUCCCAUCAUUAUCUUUUCCAUCCUUGCCUGAACGGGGAGACUUUGACUUGAGGGAAGUUUUAGAGUCACCAUAUUUCUUCAACUGAUCACCAUCUUCUGCCUUCACUAAGGCUUGGACUGUCUUCUAGGGCUUACUGAUAACAUCUCAUGUAAUGUCUUAGAGCAUGGCAGACAAGAUGUCUUCUGAAAGUUCUCAUUGUAGAGGCUAUUUCAAUGGCUUUAUAUAUCUUCAAAGGCAUCCAGAGAACCUUUGUGGUAUGAUAGGAAAUUCACCCGUUGCCAACUUGGCUGGUGAUGUAUGGAUGAAUAAAGUUUUUGAGGGUGUACACAUAUUAUACGAGCUUAUGAAGCUGGUGCAGCAUUCAGGAGGCUUCCAAGGAAAGCCAAAGGGUUAGAAUUUGCAUUUCCGGACACUGAAGUUUGCACAAUGAAUUUCAUUUAUUGAUUUCAAGGAUUUGGAGCAUCAUUAACAAUGAGUGGCAAAUCUGACAGUUCGGCUCCCAAGUCACCAUGGAAAUUAUGGUAUGGGUAGCUGCAAACCAUCCUGAAAUCAACAGAGAAUUCUACACUGUCCAUUCACAUUUGUACAAGGUUUUUUUUUUUCUUGUAAAUAUGAAGAUGAAUUUUUGUUUGAAUUAGUGUACCUACAUGAUUUAUAGUAUACGUGUACUAUUAACUUAAAAUUUUUUAGUGACAGCAAUCAAUGCCAUAUUGGUCAUCAGUUCAAGAUGGUUAAUGCUUAUA